AUGGCGACACGCUCGUGUGAGACAAUUGAGCUGGCUCCCAUCGAGUCUCGGGCGCGUUUUCCGCCUCUGAGGCAUGAUGUUCCAGCGGAGGAACGCCCCAGCUUUGGUAGUUCACGACGCACGUUGGCCCAGAAUGGCAUCUUUGAGUCCGGCCAAUCGCAGAAUGUCGUCGAAGUGACGCAGAAAUGGAACGACCCCAAAAUCAACGUCUUCCGAGUCGCAGCGUGCUCUUGGGGCUUCUUGGUUAUGGGAGCGAAUGAUGUUGUAUACGGAGCACUCAUCCCUUAUAUUGAAGAAGACUAUGGUGUCGACUAUGUUGUCUUGUCCAUCGUCUUCCUCUCCCGAUUCGCGGGCUACAUCGCCUCAGCAACCCUCAACGACUACUUUCACCAGAAGCUAGGUCUGCGUGGCAUCCCCAUGCUAUGCGCCGGCUGUCAUAUCGCCUCUCAUCUCACCAUAGUGUUUCAUCCGCCAUACAUGGUGACGGUCAUGGCAUUUAUCGUCGCGGGCUUCGGCCAUGGUCUGUUCGACUCGGCACUCAAUGGAUGGAUCAGCACUCUGGCCAACUCUACGAGAAUUCUCAGUUUUACGGGCGCAUUUUAUGCUUUCGGAGCUAUGCUGAGUCCUCUUAUUGCGACGAUAAUGAUAACCAAGGCGCAUAUGCCUUGGUAUUCCUUCUUCUACGUCAUGCUCGGCAUGUCCAUCAUAGAGCUCGCCAGCCUCACAUGGUCAUUCUGGAAUGCCACUGACCAUGGCCACCGGGGCACGCCCAACGAGACCGAAGCAGAGCGCGAGAAUACGCUGACCGCCGCCCUUUUCCGGAUGCCAGCUGCUCGAGUAUCGUGGCUUUGCGCCUUCUUGAUGUUUUGCUACGUGGGCAUCGAGAAUGCCUUGGGUGGCUGGAUCGUGCUGUUUAUGGCAACGGCACGAGGAGGCGAGGCGUUUGAGAGCGGUCUGACAGCCACAUGGUUUUGGCUUGGACUAGCCCUUGGGCGAAUCGUGCUGGGUUUUGCGACUCCGCGGCUAGGCGUCAAGAUUGCGCUGACGGUGUACAUUACGACUGCUCUUGGCUUGGGGCUGGUGUUUGUGCUCGUCCCUCGCUUCCUUGUUUCCGCCAUCGUCGUCGCUCUCCAAGGCUUUUUCCUUGGGCCUCUCUAUCCGGGAGUGGUCAUUGUGGCUAGCAAACUCCUCCCAGAACACCUCAAGGUUAGAGUGAUUGGGUUUGCUACUGCAAUGGGAGGAUGUGGCGCGGCGCUUCUACCUUUCUCUGUCGGUGUGUUGGCUCAGUUGGCCAGCGUGCAAGUACUGCAACCCACGGUCAUGGUUAUAACGGGUAUCAUGUUGGCUUCCUGGUUGUGUUUGCCCAAGAUUGACAAGAGGCAAGAUUAG